AUGGAAACGCUGACAGCCAGGCACCCUCUCCUCAAGUCAAGAAAGUUCUUAUCUGCUUCCUUCUCCGGCGAAGAAGACGACGAGCUUCUACAGGUGGAUCGACAGCGGCUGCGCGGUGUUCCUCUACUAAACUGCAUUGCCGCUGUGUCCCCAAAUCGGGGCAUCGGCAAGAACGGAACCCUACCCUGGCCCAUGCUCAGGAAUGAAUUCCAGGAUUUCCAGAGAAUGACCACGCCCACUAACUCUUCAGUAGAAGGUAAACAGAAUUUGGUGAUGAUGGGUAGGAAGACCUGGUUCUCCAGUCCUGAGAAGAAUAGGCCUUUGAAAGACAGAAUUAAUUUAGUUCUCAGUAGAGAACUCAAGGAAACCCCACAAGGAGCUCAUUUUCUUGCCAAAAGUCUGGAUGGUGCCUUAAAACUCAUUGAGCAACCAGAAUUAGGAAAUAAAGUUGACAUGGUUUGGAUCAUAGGAGGCAGUUCUGUUUACAAGGAAGCCAUGGACCAACCAGGUCAUGUUAGACUGUUCUUGACAAGGAUCCUGCAGGAAUUUGAAAGUGACGCAUUUUUCCCUGAAAUUGAUUUAGAAAAAUACAAACUUCUCCCAGAAUUCCCAGGUGUUCUUCCUGAUGUCCAGGAAGAAAAAGGUAUUAAGUACAAAUUUGAAGUAUAUGAAAAGAAUGACGGAUAG